AUCUAUGGGGCCCUCUAUGGGUCACCUAUGGCUCUGAGGUACGGCUAUGGGGCGAUCUAUGGGGCUGGGGGUCCAUCUAUGGGACGAUCUAUGGGGCUGGGGUCCGGCUAUGGGACGAUCUAUGGGGCUGGGGUCCGGCUAUGGGGCGAUCUAUGGGGCUGGGGUCCAUCUAUGGGACGAUCUAUGGGGCUGGGAUCCGGCUAUGGGGCAAUCUAUGGGGCCGAGGUCCAUCUAUGGGUCAAUCUAUGGGGCUGAGAUCCAUCUAUGGGUCAAUCUAUGGGUCAAUCUAUGGGUCAAUCUAUGGGUCCGAGGUCCAUCUAUGGGUCAAUCUAUGGGACUGAGGCCCAUCUAUGGGUCUGAGGUCCAUCUAUGGGUCAAUCUAUGGGUCCGAGGUCCAUCUAUGGGUCAAUCUAUGGGUCAAUCUAUGGGUCUGAGGUCCAUCUAUGGGUCAAUCUAUGGGUCAAUCUAUGGGUCAAUCUAUGGGUCCGAGGUCAAUCUAUGGGUCAAUCUAUGGGUCAAUCUAUGGGUCCAAGAUCCAUCUAUGGGUCCGAGGUCCAUCUAUGGGUCAAUCUAUGGGUCCGAGGUCAAUCUAUGGGUCAAUCUAUGGGUCUGAGGUCCAUCUAUGGGUCAAUCUAUGGGUCAAUCUA